AUGGUUGGUAUUUCCAUGAUUUGUGACGUUUAAAAUACACUUUCAGCUUUUUUUCUCGUUCUUCAAGUCGCUUGUAGGAAAAGACGUCGUCGUUGAGCUGAAAAAUGAUUUGAGGUGAGUUUUAGUCAUUUUUUGGGGCCAUUAUUGUAUUUGGAUAACAUUAACCUUCUUGAGUUUGAAAAAAACUUUCAGUAUUUGCGGAACUCUGCACUCUGUGGAUCAAUAUUUGAAUAUGAAACUCUCCGACAUCACUGUUUCUGAUCCGGAUCGCUUUCCUCACAUGCUCUCCGUCAAAAAUUGCUUCAUUAGAGGCUCAGUUGUUCGGUACGUUUAUCUAAUCAUUUGUUUGAAACUUUGUUCAAAACUAAUUAUUAAUAGGUUUUUAAAUAUUUGGUUUGAAACAGGAACCUCGUUGAAGAAAACGUAUGCCAAGUUAAUUAAAGCCUUUUUUAAAUCAGAAUUUCGCGGAAAUAGGAAAAAAAAAUCUGAGAACUGCACAUAUUUUCCUACAUUUAUUCCGUAAAAUUUAGUGUGAGUUUGAGAAAUGAAAGUUCUAUUGAAUAUAUAUGUUAUCUUAGAAAAACCCAAUUUUUAUGUUACUUUAAGGAAAAAAAUUUCUGAAUUUUCAAAAAUUAUUGUUCAUUCAAAUAGCUCAGUAUUGCAAAUAGUGUUUGAAGUAAUUUCCGGGAAACCUUAAAUUAUCUUCGACUCUCCAAAAUGUAGUUAUCUUCUUCACUCUCUGACGGUUACUUUGAAUUUUCCGGGAUCACUUUGAACACGGCAAAGGUUUCUUUUUUUUUCCAUUGCUCUUCAUUUUUUGUAAGCUUUCAAAAAAAAAAGCAGAAGAAAAGAUUUUGGCGCGAAAUCAAAUUAGAAAUAAAAAAAAACGGCAAGGGACUAUUUUUAAAAAUUAUUUCAUUUGAAUGAUUUCGAAAAUAAGUUACCGUGAACUUGAAGGAAUUUUAGUUUGAGUUACUACGAAUCCUGAUUGUUUGACAAACCAGGAAAAUCACAUUAGUUUCCUAGCUGGGAGAGUUUCACUAGUUUUGAUGAAAUAAACAUCCAGAAGCUUUUCCUCAUAAAUUUUUUGCUCAAAUUUCUAAUGAGUUCAAUUUUCAUAUUUCAGAUACGUUCAACUUCCCUCAGAUCAAGUUGACACACAACUUUUGUCAGAUUCCUGUCGCAGAGAGCUAACCGAAGCCAAAACGAAGCAAUAA